AUGUCACGCACCAUUGGGGAGCUCUUCGAGUUAGUCCUACAAGUCCGAGCAGCGCUGCUGUUCAAGUUCUUCCUACACGUUGCAGCCAGCUAUCAAAUAAGAAAAAAGGGUCUGGAACUGAAGCUUGGUGUCUGUCACCCGAUCCGAGAGCGUCUUGCCGAGAUGCUGGGGCGGAACCCCGAGCGACGAGGAAGCGCAUCCGUCCAGCGCACCCGACAGCUUAUGCUUGGACCUCUACGUACAACUCUGGCAAGCCUCUUUCUACUGCUUAGCGUUCUUUAUAAGCGUGUCCACAUGUGUCUGGGUGUUCGCUUCGCAUUUGAGUCACGACGACACCAUUGGACGUGCUGUGUUGCUGUUCCUGCCCCACCUGGCUCUGCUACUUCUGUCGGGCCUUCACUUUUUCCCAAGACUCCAGCAACGAAUGCAUCCAUGGGUGAGGUCACCACCGUAGUGAUUGGUUACGAUCUCAAAUGUACUCAUGUUUGCAUUGCUUUUUAG